AUGACACCAAUUCAGCUAGCAGCACGCGGGAACAGGGGAGACAUUGUGCAGAUUAUGAUUCAGAGCGGAGCUCUAGUGAAUUACCUCCCUAUUAUUCCGCAUUUAGGGCUCGGUGCUAUCGAAAAAAUGUUCUCCAACUGGAGCCGAUGGAGCUCUGACGAAGAGAUUCCGCUUGCAUAUCCCAUCCAACAUGCCGCCGUGAACAAUAACAUAAACCUUGCUCAACAAUUACUUGCUGCUGGGGCACAUGUGGACUCCAGAGUUGGCACAAAUUAUGGCGAUACCCCUUUGCAAAUUGCGGCCAGGAUAGGUAACAUUGGAAUGGUAGAAAUGUUGCUUUCAUACAACGCUGAUGUCAAUGCUCCUCCUGGAAAAUAUGAUGGGCGUACAGCAAUCCAGGCAGCUGCAGGCAAUGGAAAUAUGGACAUGAUGCAAAUGUUAAUAAGUGCUGGAGCAGAUGUCAACGCGGCCGCUGGCUGGAGAAAGGGGAGAACGGCGAUUCAGGCCGCUAUGGAGAAGGGCCACCAUGACGUGAUAACACUGUUGUUACACCUGGGGGCUGAUAUCAAUGCAAGUCCAGCUUUUAGUGGUGGCCUCACUGCUUUGCAGGCAGCAGCUUUCUGCAACAUUGGACUUCUUAAAAUAGCCCUCACGAAUGGCGCAGAUGUUAAAGGUGUGGUUAGCCCUGAGGACGGAGUCACAGCACUUCAAGCUGUAAUUAAGCGGAAGGAUAUUUCGGCGCUCAACAUCAUGCUUCACGCAGGUGUAGAUGUGAAUGAGCUGUCGCCCUCAAAAGCAUCCAAUUCAUUUCCCUCUCCGGAUACAUUAGGCUCAAACAUGACACCUCUCCAACUUGCGGCUUAUUUCGAAUGGAUUGAAGGUGCCGAACUCCUCAUCGAUUUCGGUGCAGAAGUUGAUGUACUCCCUCCCCAGCGUGAUCAUGAUAAGGCAUUCACAGCUUUGGGCUGGGCAAUCAACAAUUAUGAUCACGAUAUGAUGGAGUUACUGCUUCAUAGCGGGGCCGAUCCAAAUGCUCCUUCUAUGAAUUACGAAGAGGCACCUAGUGCCUUCCUCUAUGCUCUCCAUCGGUGCUGCUCAAAUGAGAUGUUUGAUCUCUUUCUUCAGCGAGGUGCCGAUAUCACAAAGUGUUGGGGCUCUGAAUCAGCAAUUGAGCUUGCAGUAUCAAGCGUUACCAACGAUAUAAGUAUUGUCAAAAAGGUUAUUGAAAUUUUUUCACAACUUGCAAGGGGUUCAUACUCGACCGUGAUGCAACAAGCUUUGGCAUGCAUCACAGUGGAUAAAGAUUUCCCUCCCAAUGCCGAUCUGGUAAAAACAUUGCUUGAUGCUGGAGCUAAUGUCAAUGCGAUUGACACCGAUACGGGAGAGACAUUACUCCAAAAGACACUUAUGGAGCCUGAUGUUGAUGUAGUCAAGCAGCUUCUUGAAAGUGGGGCAGAGGUGAACUUCCUGGCAACAGAGGACAGGGGAACACCCUUACAAACAGCAAUCCUCUACGAACAGCCAGAAAUCGCGAACCUUUUGAUAGAUUAUGGUGCUGAUAUUAAUGCCCUUCCGGCUGGGAAACACGGUGCAACUGCGCUUCAAGCAGCCGCCAUUCAUGGCUACGUUGGACUUGCCAGGAGGCUGCUGGAACAUGGAGCUGAUGUUGCUGCGGCUGCGGCACCUGUCGAUGGUAGAACAGCAAUUGAUGGGGCGGCUGAGCAUGGUCGUCUCGAUAUGUUACAGUUGUUACUCAACUCUUACCCCUGCAGAGAAGAACUGCCACUUGCCUGUAACCGGGCCGCCUCUUUCGCGGAAAAGGAAGGGCAUAUAAGAGUAGCGAUUUGGUUGAGGGCCUACACAUCAUGUUGA